UGCCCAUUUUUUGCUUGUAUAAUGUAUUAAUUUCCCAUUUAUUUCCUACAUAUUGUAACAAUUCCCCUGUUGCCCACAUAUUGUCAGAAUUGCCUGCAUAUUCUUACCAAUGCCCAUUUCAUACCAAUGCAUUGUAACAAAUUCCAGAUUGAUGUGUCACACCUGCCUGUAUGUAGCUCACACAAUUUUAACUGCUCAUUUUUUGCCAGUGUAUGGUUCACAAUGCAUAUUUGCUCCCUGUGUAUUGUUUAACUCAGCAAGUUAUAAGCUAACUCUCUAAAGUUGUGUUCAGAAUGAGAACUGGUGUAAGUCAUUAACCACACCUAAAAAACACAGAACCUUAUUUGUGGAUUCAAUGAUCCACUAGCCAUUAAUCAAAGAAUAUCACAUGUUUAAUUAUAUAGCACAUUUAAAUAGAGGUAAGCAUUAAAAGAAAAACAUGCACCACCCCCAUUGAGGUACAGUUCUGCCCUACUUGUGACACAAUUAGUAAUAGAAUUUUCUAUAACAUCCAACUCUUUGUUAAAUAAAAAAUGUAUCACAGCAUGAAAUAAUAGAUGACUGCAAAUACAAGCAUCUAGUUCCCAACCCAGAAUAACUGAAAAUUAGAGUCUUCGGACAGAUGUAUUGAUAAACCCUAUAUAACUGCAGGAGAUGCAUAUAAUGUGUCAUAAAACAUCUGUGGUAGGGUAUCCAGAAGGAGAAUGCAAGGGUCAUAAGCGGUAGGUAUCUUGCAAAAAGUGUCUUACUGCAACUCCAAAUGUGCCACUUGGUGCAGGUUUGGACAUGGCAGACAUACAGCACCUGUCCCACAAAAUUUUAACAACUACCCAUUUUUUGCCAGUGUAUGGUCACAAUUGCCCAUUUGCCCCAAAUGCAUUGUAACAAUUACUCAUUUGUUGCCCAUGUAUUUUAACAUUGCCUGUUUGUAGCCCAAAUACUGUCACAAUUUUCCAUUUGUUGCCAACAUAAUAUCUUGAUUACUUUUUUUGCCAACGUGUUGUAACAAUUGUCUGUUUCUUGCCCACAUUUUUUCACAAUUACCAAUUAUUUGCUUGUGUUAUGUCACGAUUGCCCAUUUUUAGCCAGUGUAUUGUAAUCUGUCUUUUGCUGUGUGCAUUUUACAAUGUAUAAAGAUUGCAACAUUUUUGGCAGUGUUUUGCAAUGAUUGCCUAUUUAUUGCCCAUGUAUAGCAAUGGCUGUCUGUUUGCUGCCCACUUAUUAUCAUAAUUGCCUGUAGCUGCCUGCAUUGUUUACCCAUUUUGUGUCCAUGUGUUGUAAUAAGUGCCAUUUUUUUUGCUUCUGUGUUGAUUGUGAUUGCUGUUUUUGCUACCUGAGGAAUACCAAAAUUGACCUCUUACUGUCCUCAUAUAUUCAUAAUUGCCCACAUAUUGAAACAAUUGUCCAUUUGCUGCCUGCAUAUUAUUGUUAUUGCCUGUUGCCACUUGAAUGCAUAUUUGUUGCAUGUGUGUUGUUAUGAAUGCCCAUUCCUUACCUGUUUAUUUACUCAAUUAUUUGAGUAUGUAGCAAUUACUCAUUUUAUGCUCAUGUAUUGUAAGGUUUUUCUGUAUGUUGCUCCCAUAUUGCCUGUUUGUUGCUCACACGUUGUAAGAAUUGCUUAUUCCUUGCCCAUGUAUUCUUAUAAUUGCCAUAUUUUGUCUACAUUUUGUUAAGUCAGAGUUGUUUCAUUAGAGGACCAAAUUUAAUCCUCUCUAGGUCUUACACUCUCAAACCACUAUAAUUCCCGCUUGCGCUACUGUUAAACCCUAACAUUCGUCAAGGUACACUGUUUACCUAUUAAUUGCUAGUGCUUGCAAAGACACAUGCAAAGUUCACCUACUAAAUUGCAAUCGUUCUAUUUAUUAUGUUAAUGUAGUCAGGCUUUAUAUCCUGUACAGUGUGCCUCUUUUUUUUUUACAUUUCUAUCAGCUGAAUGCUGCAAAAAUAGAGAAAAAAAACUGUGAGGUUCGCACAUAGCAUAUUUAGAUCACAGCUUUUACACACAAGCUCCCCCGCAGGGUGUUGGAGAUCUGGCCAGCUGCAACUCUGUCUAUUUUUUUUUAAAUGGUUAAUAAAAAGUAAAAAAUCAAAUAUUCAUUACUGACUGCAUUGUAAUAUUACAUUAGGGUGGCUCAGUUAGGCUUUAGGUACAUAAUUUUUUUUUCAAGCAAAUUUUGACAAAGCAUGCCAUAUUGGGAAAUUAGAGGCUAGUUUCAACAACAUUUCAGAGAAGGAAUUUGCUUCAUUCCUAGUCUACUAAUUAAUCUUGUAAUACUAGACUCAGGAACAGAUAUGACUAUUUUGUUUUUGUAUGGCAAAUUGGAAACUAUUGGCAAUUAUCUGCAGAUAUUUUAUAACAAAAUCCGGUCUUGUAUGGUUAUCCUUACUCUCCAUAUUUCAGUUAACAACAUUGAUAACAAAUGAAAACUUGCGUUUGCACUGCAGUAAAAUCCGGAGAGCAUGCUGUUAAGUAAGCCCACCGGGGCUAGUCUCAGCUUUUGUCUUGAACGUGCAAGCAGUACAGCAAAUCCCCAUUUAUAUGGGUGUGAGUGACGCUAAUAAAUGCCCUGCAGGUUGCUAUGUAAUUAGGUUUGUUUUACUGUAUGUUAGGAGAUUGUCUUGGGUUUUGGAAGAGGGGUGGGGGGUAAUGGUUAGGUUAAGCUGAUAAAUACUGAUUGCCCCAUUAUGUUAGUAAACAGAUAACAAAUUGCAUGGUGAGUGGGGAAGGACCCCACACCAAGUAUAUAUUGCAGAGCACUAUCAGCUGUGUGUCGUAUUGUCACCAUGAAUCUACUGGGGUCUCUUCUGUUGCUACUCUUGCCUUCCGUGGAUUGCUACAUCUGGGCCUGGAUGUUAUCCAUGCCUUAUAACAACCCUGAAGAUUCUGCUGGACUUGUAAGGAGCGCUACCUCCAAAGUGACUACAGUAACAUGUGAUCAUGACCGUGGUUGUGGGCGUGGCUUAUUUUGUGACCAUCACUUUGGCUUAUGUGUUCCACUACGUCACGAAGGCCAGUACUGCAGGAAGGAUUCCCAAUGUAUCCGAGGUCUGGGAUGCAUGUAUGGGCACUGCCAACGUAUUAUACCAGGAGGGCAUGAAGGGUCCCGAUGCCGCCAGGAUAAGGACUGUUUACCAUCAAUGUGCUGUGCAAGACACCAUGGAGAAAUGAUCUGCAAACGCAAAUUAUCUGCUGGGAGCAAAUGUUAUGUUCCAGAAGGAGGUUUAGCAUUUAGCAUCAACCAAUUAUGCCCCUGUGAAGAAGGGUUGGUCUGCAGUUCCCCACAGCCUCCACGAGAGAAGGAAUUUAUUUACAGUCCUAUUUUAGACUGGAAGUGUGCGUCCCCUUCCCUGUGAUGCCUAACUGUAUUGCUCUUUCUUCUAGCCUUUGUAAAUAUUCUGUACAUACAAAUUAUAUAAAUAAAGCGUUUUAUUGUUUCCCCCUG